AUGGCGGCCAAACAUGCUCAGAUUAUCGCGACGCACACAACGCGAAACCAUCAAAACAUCCUCCAGCCGAACAGCUCGACUCGCAUGAAGCGGCCUCUCGAUCCCAUCGACUCCAAUUCCGAUUCUCUGAAGAGAGCUAGAAUUACCGUCGAGAUUCUGGCAAGGCCAAUACCUCAACCCAUCAGUCCGCCGAAGACCAUCACGGUGAAACCGCUGGUGUCUGCCAGACGGAUGGUGGUGACGGCGGAGCAGCAGCAGUCGGAGAAACCACUCCCCCCUCCUUCGCAACCACAGCCACCUCCGCCUACUCAGUCAGCAGCAGAAGAAGCAGCCCCCAAAACGGCGACAAUUACGCAGCCAGGCCUGACACGACAUCAGGAGAAGGUCAUUAAUGGCAUUAAACACGAGCUCGACAGGUUGCAGCCCGCUGGGACCGAUGCCAACGUGUCAAAAGAGGGCGGUCGCAAGCUGCGUUCGCAAGAGGCCUCGCGGUUCAAGAGCGAACUGUCGGCGUAUUUUCCCGAUUACGACGAAGUAAUCGGCAAUGACGCCAAAGAACACCAUGUCGUCAACAUCGACAGUCCGCUUAUUGUCGUCGAUUCUCAAUCGCGCCGUGCUUACCAUGACCAAAUCCUACCACCCGGAUUAGCAUCACAGCCGUCCUCAAUUGGCCACGAUCCUGAGUUGACCCGACGCCACGGCAACCAGCACACACAAGACCCACCCAUACCCACCCAGCCAAUCGACGGGUAUGCCGUACGAAGUUACGGCGAUGCCUUGUUCACCAAUCUGUUUGAUGCGCAGCAAAUUGAUUUGGACUUCCUAGGAGCUGGACGAAAUGACCGAGACAUCGACGACCCGUUGCCCGAUUCACACUACGAACUUGCGCACAAGAGAGCCGAGAGGUUGGAGAAAUCAAUCCGCAACACCGAGAAGGGUCGUGCCCAGCAUGAGAAGGAUCAGAUCAUCCGAUUGCUCGGGGAGCUGCAAGGCCCAGAUUGGCUGAGGACGAUGGGUGUCAGCGGUGUCACCGAGACUCGCAAGAAGACGUUCGAGCCUGCCCGGGAACACUUUAUAAAGGGCUGUCAAGCCAUCCUAGAGAAGUUUCGCCUAUGGAACGAGGAAGAGAAAAGGCGCAAGCGAGAAAGAGAACAAGCUAAAGCGGCAGAAGAGGAAUCCCAGUCCGAAGAGGCCGACGAACCAGCAGCAGCAGCAGAAGAAGAAGAAGAAGAAGAAGAAGACGAACCGGUAGCAAGCGAAGAGGAAGAGAUGGGCCACGAGGAGUCAACCGGCAACAUCAGCGAUGGCGAUCCGCCGGACUACAGUGAUGUUGAUGAAUCCAUCGCCAAGCAGCUACACGAAGAGGCCAUCGCAAGUGCCAAGUUCGCGCCCUCGGUAUCGUCCAAGAGAACCCGUGGAGAGGCACCACCUAUGAUGCCAUCAGAACCGUACGUACCACCCCGAGAGUUUACCUCUUUCUUCCGCAAGAGGCACGAACGCGAAGCGGCUUUAAAUAUAGAUCGCCGCCGCGGCCGAAACGUCAUGGCGUGGGGAUGCACUGUGCCAGAAGCUCACGAAAACAGCUUCGAUCUACCGGAAGAAUACCGCGACGAGGAUACCAUGAAGGCGAGGGCAAGACGUAAACGGAGAGACCUAAGGGGAAGCAGACGCUGA